UGAAGGUGUGCCAACAUUGGGGCUCACCACCACAUCCCGCGUGAAUUUGUCUACCCUUUUCAACAAGCAGUUGGAUGGUGACCAAACAGCAGUAAAGUUAGAUGGUUGGCUGACUGCAAUUUCAUGAUGGAGAAUGCCACUAUGUCUUCAACAGUAUAUCUAACGGGCGGAGUUAUUGUCAUAGAGGGAGGACGUCGUAAUAAGGCAGUAUGGGGUCCCAUUGAUUUUUAAGAUUCGUAACUUGGUAACAUCAACAAGGAAGGCAAAGAAAACAGAGGCUGGCACAAUUUGAUAGUGGAGCGAAAAAUUUAUGCUGAUAUCAACACGACGAAUUGUCCAAUGUCUCACAGCAGAUAACGGAAUAAAUAAACAGUCCAAAAAAACUCGCUAUCUUAUAUUGACUUAAAAUAUCUUUAUAAUAAAGGCAUUUGGGCCGUCGUCGUCAAGUGCGCACUGAGCUUCAGCAGCGAACAACAUUUCUCAGUCCCAACAUGCAAGCGUUUUAAUCCAUUUUUCAGGUAUUAGCCCUCGGGCUUCUGCUGACGGCUGUCCUAGCCGAUGCACAGCAGAGGAAAUACGACACCAACGUCGAUGACGUCAGGCCAGGAAUGACUUUUUCGAAUAACAAAGGCGCAAGUCGCCAUUUUCCAAAGGGGAUCCAUCGACUAAUAGAAACUAAUACUAAACAACGAGCUGCCUGCCCGGAAGAUUAUUCUCCAUGCCUUUGCGAAUUGACGACCAACGGGAUCGAAGUCACUUGCGUCGACAUUCCCGUCGCCGAUAUUGCCAACGUCUUUUACCGCACCCGAAACAUCGACCUCUACCAGGUCGUCCUGACGGCCUCGGCUUCCGCCACUGGGACUGUCGAUUUGCCCGCCGACCUCCUGAAAGACAAACGCGUUGAACACAUUUACCUGGGCUGCCCGGCCAACGCUUCCCCCAAACUCGGCCUCACUAUUGCGUCUUCGACUUUUGAAUUCACGCGGUUCAACACGACCGUCUUCGGGAUUUUGAACUGCGAUCUGGCCGGACAGACGGACAUGCAAUACCUGAACGAUUUCUCAGUCCUCAACACUUUGAGAGUUGACGAUUCCAAUAAUAUCGAAGCUAUUGCCACUCUGCCCACCUCGACUAUGCCGGCAUUGAAGAGAUUGUUUAUUGUCAACUGCACAGGACUGGAAAAUGUCACCUUUCCCGAUUUGACUCCCGCCCGGCUGGCUCGUUUGCACCUGCAAGGCAACGGGUUGACCGAUGCGGCCGUCAACAGCAUUUUGGUCUCCGUCGCCAGUUCCUCGUCGUCCAGUUCAUUGCAGGAACUGAUCCUGGCCAACGAGUACACGAUGAGCAAAGUGCCCAGGAUUGGCGCUUUCUCCAAAUUGGGUUGGUACGACGUCAGUUCAAACGCCAUUCCUUUUAUCAGCCAAUCCAAUUUGGUUUUCAACGUACCUGUUAACUUGGUCGGCCUCAAGAAUAUUGGUUUGACCGCCAUCGAAGGCGGGGCUUUCUUGGGUAACUAUGCAAAUGCAGAGGUCAAUUUGGAAGAUAACAAACUGACAGAGUUUAGAGAGGACGUCUUCAAAUCGAUGCUGCAACAGAUGGCCGCCCAGCCGGCCGGCUCUGGAGGCCAAGUGAUCCUCACUGGAAAUCCAUUUGAUUGCGGCUGUCCUCUGGCCUGGUUGAUCCGCGACAAUCCAGCUCUUCUGCCCAGUGUCAAGAACGGAGUUUGCGGCGGAUUCUUUAGAUUCGAGGACCUCAAUCCUGAUUCCUACGCCGACUGCUAAAACAAGUAGGGACCGGUCAUUUAUAAAUUUGGCUUCCUUCUUUUCAUUGACGUUAGACGUUAUCCAAUACUUCUAUUGCAUCGAUGAUGAAAGUUGAAUAAACAAUCCAGCACGUUUUCCUUCAA